GUCAGCUGAGCCGCUGGGGCGAGGCUGGCCUCACCUGCUAAGGAAGCGGCUGUGAGCUCCUGAGGGUGGGUGUGGGAUGCAGAAGUCGGCCAGAUCCUGGUUGGGAAGGCUCCCGGAUUUUGCCGUCCUAUAAGGAGAGAGCGAGAAGGCCCUCCGAAUUUUAAAAAAGCCGGUGGCGGCGGAAGGUUCUCAGUAUCUGUCAGUCUGGGAGGUCGGACGACAAGGGAGAACCUUGUUGCGAAUCCCCAGCCCCCUCCACACGAGGGGUGCGGAGGCCGGGUACCAUGGCGUCCAUCCUGGAUGAGUAUGAGGACUCACUGUCCCGCUCGGCCGUCUUGCAGCCCGGCUGCCCUAGCGUGGGCAUCCCCCACUCGGGAUAUGUAAACGCCCAGCUGGAGAAGGAAGUACCCAUCUUCACGAAGCAGCGCAUUGAUUUUACUCCUUCAGAGCGCAUCACCAGCCUUGUUGUCUCCUGUAAUCAGCUCUGUAUGAGCCUGGGCAAGGACACACUGCUCCGUAUUGACCUGGGCAAGGCAAAUGAACCCAAUCAUGUGGAGCUGGGGCGCAAGGAUGACACCAAAGUUCACAAGAUGUUCCUGGACCACACUGGUUCUCACCUGCUAGUUGCUCUGAGCAACACUGAGGUCCUCUACAUGAACCGUAAUGGACAGAAGGUACGUCCACUAGCACGCUGGAAAGGGCAGCUGGUGGAGAGUGUAGGUUGGAACAAGGCACUGGGCACGGAGAGCAGCACUGGCCCCAUCCUGGUGGGCACAGCGCAAGGACAGAUCUUUGAAGCAGAGCUCUCGGCCAGUGAGGGUGGGCUUUUUGGCCCUGCCCCAGAUCUCUACUUCCGUCCACUGUACACGUUAAAUGAAGAAGGAGGGCCAGCCCCUGUGUGCUCUCUGGAGGCUGAGAGAGGCCCAGAUGGACGUGGCUUUGUCAUUGCCACCACCCGGCAGCGCCUCUUUCAGUUCAUAGGCCGAGCAGCAGAAGGAGGGGUCGAGGCCCAGGGCUUCUCAGGGCUCUUUGCUGCCUACACAGACCACCCACCCCCAUUCCGUGAGUUUCCUAGCAAUUUGGGGUAUAGCGAGUUGGCUUUCUAUACUCCCAAGUUGCGCUCUGCACCCCGUGCCUUUGCCUGGAUGAUGGGGGAUGGUGUGUUGUAUGGCUCGCUGGACUGUGGGCGUCCUGACUCCCUGCUCGGUGAGGAGCGAGUCUGGGAGUACCCAGAGGGGGUAGGUCCUGGGGCCAGUCCACCCCUCGCCAUUGUUUUGACCCAGUUUCACUUCCUGCUGUUGCUGACUGAUCGGGUGGAGGCCGUGUGCACACUGACAGGGCAGGUGGUGCUGCGGGAUCACUUCCUGGAGAAGUUUGGACCGCUGAGGCACAUGGUGAAGGACUCCUCCACGGGCCAGCUGUGGGCCUACACCGAACGAGCCGUCUUCCGCUAUCACGUACAGCGUGAGUCUCGGGACGUCUGGCGCACUUAUCUUGACAUGAAUCGCUUUGAUUUGGCCAAAGAGUAUUGUCGAGAGCGGCCUGACUGCUUGGACACAGUCCUGGCCCGGGAGGCUGAUUUCUGCUUUCGCCAGCAUCGUUACCUGGAGAGUGCCCGCUGCUAUGCCCUGACCCAGAGCUACUUUGAAGAGAUUGCCCUCAAAUUCUUGGAGGCACGACAGGAGGAGGCUCUGGUCGAGUUUCUGCAGCGAAAACUGGCUGGUUUGAAGCCAGCUGAGCGGACCCAGGCCACACUGCUGACUACCUGGCUGACAGAGCUCUACCUAAGCCGCCUUGGUGCUCUGCAGGGUGACCCAGAGGCCCUGAACCUCUACCGCGAGACACGCGAGUGCUUCCGUGCCUUCCUGAGCAACCCUCGCCACAAGGAAUGGCUCUUUGCCAGCCGGGCUUCUAUCCAUGAGCUGCUUGCCAGUCAUGGAGACACAGAGCACAUGGUGUACUUCGCUGUGAUCAUGCAGGACUACGAGCAGGUGGUAGCGUACCACUGCCAGCACGAGGCCUAUGAGGAGGCCCUGGCCGUGCUUGCCCGCCACCGUGACCCUCAGCUCUUCUACAAGUUCUCACCCAUCCUCAUCCGGCACAUCCCCUGCCAGCUGGUAGAUGCCUGGAUGGAGAUGGGCAGCCGACUGGAUGCCCGGCAGCUCAUCCCUGCCCUGGUGAACUACAGCCAGGGUGGCGAGGCCCAGCAGGUGAGCCAGGCCAUCCGCUACAUGGAAUUCUGCGUGAAUGUGCUCGGAGAGACUGAGCAGGCCAUUCACAACUACCUGCUGUCGCUGUAUGCCCGUGGCCAGCCCGCCUCGCUGCUGGCCUACCUGGAACAAGCUGGGGCCAGCCCACACCGUGUGCAUUAUGACCUCAAGUAUGCGCUGCGACUUUGCGCUGAGCAUGGACAUCACCGUGCUUGUGUCCAUGUCUACAAGGUGCUGGAGCUGUACGAGGAGGCUGUUGACCUGGCUCUGCAGGUGGAUGUAGACCUGGCCAAGCAGUGUGCAGACUUGCCCGAGGAGGAUGAGGAACUGCGCAAGAAACUGUGGCUGAAGAUCGCGCGCCAUGUUGUGCAGGAGGAGGAAGAUGUGCAGACAGCCAUGGCCUGCCUGGCCAGCUGCCCCCUGCUCAAGAUUGAGGAUGUACUGCCCUUCUUUCCUGAUUUCGUCACCAUUGACCACUUCAAGGAGGCGAUCUGCAGUUCACUGAAAGCCUACAACCACCACAUCCAAGAACUGCAGCGGGAGAUGGAAGAGGCCACAGCCAGUGCCCAGCGCAUCCGGCGAGAUCUACAGGAGCUCCGGGGUCGCUAUGGCACUGUGGAGCCCCAGGACAAAUGUGCUACCUGUGAAUUCCCCCUGCUUAACCGUCCUUUUUACCUCUUCCUCUGUGGCCACAUGUUCCAUGCUGACUGCCUGCUGCAGGCUGUGCGGCCUAGCCUGCCUGCCUAUAAGCAGGCCCGGCUCGAGGAGCUGCAGCGGAAGCUUGGGGCGGCACCACCCCCAGCCAAGGGCUCUGCCAGAGCCAAAGAGGCUGAAGGUGGAGCUGCAGCUGGGGGACCCAGCCGGGAACAGCUCAAGGCUGACCUCGAUGAGCUGGUGGCGGCUGAGUGCAUGUACUGUGGGGAGCUGAUGAUCCGCUCCAUUGACCGGCCCUUCAUCGACCCCCAGCGCUAUGAGGAGGAGCACCUCAGCUGGCUGUAGGAUGCUGUCCCUUGAUGGGUGGACAGAUGGGUUCAGCUACCUCAACUGUCUUGCAAAGGCCAUACCUUGGUCUUGGCUCAGUCCUCUUGGACCAUUCCUCUUGCUGGGCCUGUGACUGUGUGGAAGGGGUAGAAUCUGAGCUACCACCUUGAGGUGUCGGGGGUGAGCAUAUUCUGCCAGCUUCCUGCUGUACUUAGACCUGCCUUAGAGUUGCUUCUGUCCCAGGUCAUGCACCUGGAGAAGUCAGAAACCUGACCCAUUCUGACCGCUGCAUCUAACAGCACUCUCACUUUCUCACCCCAAACGUGUUAGCCCGCAGUGAGCGUACCCUUCUUUCUGUGCUCCAGCCUCGCAGCCUCCAGCUCUGUAGAGGAGCGCUCUCUUCUGUCCCAUCCACGCACCCGUAAGUGGAUGGCAGCCUUCCAAGACCUGGCCGCUGGUGAGGAGAGUGGUGCUAACGGUUGGUGUGCUCUUGGGCCCACUCUGGGACUCCAGUGUCAGGUACCUUGAGACAGAUGGAAGAAAGAGGCAGGUGGUGACAAGUGGAGAGCAUUAAACUGCUUGCACAACACUCGUGGCUCUGGACGUGGUGGCUUUGUGUUGAUGCUGGGCUGAACAGAGUAUAAGCGAUUUUCAAGAGGGAUUGAAGUGCCAUAAGACUUACAGACCCCUGCAGACCUUCACGUCUUGACACACAGGUUUCCCCUGGAAUGAGACAGGACAAUCUUGCCAGAUUCUUCUUGCUUCUCUGUGUUCCCUCCUCUGCCCUCUGAUUCCAGGGCGCCGGUGGGAAUUAUAGCCCAAUCCUCUCAUAGAGCAGGGACGUUCUCUGUAGUCAGCAGGUGGCGCUGCUGCUCUCUGAAUCCAUCUAACAGGCACGUUAGGACACUGAUCUAUUUCGCAGGUUUGUUUUACUAGUGUUUCCGCAGCUACUUCCUCCCUGUUUGUCCCAAAGAUUUUCUAGAAGUGUCCUGAUCAUGAUUCUAAGCACUUUCUUGCACUGUCCUUGUGCAUGCCAUCUUUUGCUUGCUUCUCUGUCAGAUUGAAUCUGUACCAACUUAUGCCCAGCUUUGCCACCAACACUAUUCAUGACAUCUCAGAUGUAUUUUCUCCUCACCUUGCUCCUGUGGACAUGCCCACAUACAAAAUUACGCUUGUUAGCUUGGGCUUGAUGUUAGAUCUUAGAACAUCUUGGAAUCACACCUUCCUGUGACAGAGCAGCCUUUGCCCCUGUGGACAGAUGUUCAGUUUACUCCCUGCCUUGGUGCUGUGAUCUGUCUGCUAGCCCAGAUUGGAACAAAAUAAUGGUGAGCAUUCCUGUCAUCAGACUGGGUCCCAGCUCAUCUGACUAGUAAAUAUUCCUUCUUAUUCCACA